AUAUUGCGUACCAAAACGCUCAAAUAUGUCAUGGCGGCAGUCUGACGUCAUCUCUUUGUAAGCAGAAACAGUUGGAAACAGAUCGCUAAGACGUUCUAUCAUAGUAUUUUUGUUUUCGAUUAUUUGUUUGAAAUAAAAUGAAUUCUAAGGUGUAUAAGUGGUGUGUGGUUCCUAAAUGUACAAAUACAUCAAUAAAAACUCCCAGCAAACUGUUUGUUUAUGUUCCACAUAGUAAAAAUGUGCGAUAUAAGUGGUUAACAUUAGCACGUCGAGAUCCAAAAUUAAUAAAACUUAUGUCUCCAAUUUAUAUGUGCGAAGAUCACUUUGAUUUACCAAACGAUAUGGAAAACUAUAUGGAGUACCAUGUGAUGGGAUUAGUGUCACAAGUUCGUAUGAAACCUGGGUGUAUGCCAACAAAAUUUGAUUGUCAACCAGAUAGAAAAUCUAGAACACCAAAUACUACAGAACGACCAUUCAUUAUAAAAAAACGACGAUUGAUGAGUAUUAAAGAAUGUGAAAACGAGUUUGGAGAAAGAAGUGUUAUACAACAUCCUGAAUCUGAAAACAUAUCUAUAGAAAAUACAGGUCCACAGGUGAUUGAUAAACACCAACAUAAUAUUAUUCAAACAGCAGACAAGUCAAUCCAAGCUUAUAUUUUCCCUAAAUUUCGGAGCAAAGCUAUUCAAACAAAAAUCAAUUAUUUAAAUCAGGCAUCUUCACCAAUCAAAAACUGUUCAUUGUGCUCUGUUGGUACGUCUCCAUUUAAAGUUGAAAUUUCCUAUAACAUAAAGCCAUCCAAAGGUAACUUUGAAAAAACUUCUAGAAAAUUAUUUAAGGAAGAACAGUCUGACAGUGAUAUUUCCUAUACACCUUCAAUAACUAAUCCUGAAUCUUCACCGUCAAUCCAUUCUCUGCAAGUGAAAUCCAGCUCAGACUGUAGUGAGCUAGUUAAAGAAGAUAAAAAACAAGAGUCAUCUAUAAUGCUUGAUUGUACAAUAAAGAAAAUAACGAAAAAUCCUCGUUACUAUAUUGGUGUUCCCAGCAGCUGUAUUUAUCUUAUUAAUAUAAUCCAAGAAACUACAAAUAUUCCUGUCAACCACCUAUUUUUGUGCUUAAAAAAAAUAAGAUUAAACAAUACAUUUAGAGAACUUGCAGAUGAUUUCAGUAUACAUUCAACUUAUGCAAGUAAGAUAUUUUUAAAAAAUAUUCCUAUUUUAGCUAGCCUAAUGCGUCCUUUUAUUGUAAAAUUAAAUACAAAGUUGAUUAAGAGGACUUUACCCAUGGCUUUUAGACAUAGAUAUAAUCAUGUCAGCUGUAUUAUAGAUUGUCUAGAAAUUGAAAUACAAAAGCCAUCAAAAGCUUUAUAUCAAGCUCUGACAUGGUCAGACUACAAAAAGGCCAAUACUAUAAAAUAUUUGGUGUCUUGUACACCAAAUGGUUUGGUGAACUAUAUUUCUCCUGGUUUUGGAGGAAGAAUAACAGAUACCUGUUUAGUUCAAUCCUGUGAUUUUAUCAAUUGUCUAGAACCUGGUAUGAAUGUGAUGGCUGACAGUGGAUUUAAACAUGUGGAACAGUACUUACGACAGCAUGGAGUACUACUAGUACGACCUCCUAGUGUCAUUCCAGGAAACAAAUUAACAAAAACUGAAGCAAGAGAAACAAAGCAAAUUGCAAGUUUAAGAAUCCACAUUGAAAGGGUGAUCAGACGGUUAAGAGAGUUCAACAUGCUGAAACCACAUGCAUGUCUUAAUUCAACAUUCCUUAAAGUACUUGAUGAUAUUAUAACCAUUGCAUGUGGUUUAAUUAACUUGCAAGACUCUCUUAUUAAAUAGUAAACAAUUAUAAUUAGUAGUCUAAUUUUAAUAGUAUCAAUUAGUAUUUACUAGCUUGUUUAUUUUGGAAGGUAGUAGUAGUUAAUUAUUAAAACAUCAUACAAUGUCUCAUGGGAGUAAAGUAACUAUAAAUGUAUUUGGUUUUUUAAUUUGUGAUUUUUACAACUUGUAAACCUGGGCCAGUUUGAAAGUUGACUAGUCUCUACCUUAAGUUAAUUGGCUACUUUUUAUUACAGAAAUAUACUAUUAAUGAAUGUAAUAUGUACUCAUCAAUCACUGUAUUAUUAAGAAAUAAAAAAUUUUGUUGGCUGAUUUAUUA